GAGCGAAAAUGGUAAAGAAAUCUGUAACAUCAAACGAAACGUCAUGUUCGCGAAAGUACAUAAAGCAGGAAGUACAACAACUGCUUGCAUCCUCCAACGUUUUGGCUACGAGCACAACUUAACAUUUGUUCUGCCUGUGCGUGACGAUCAUCACAUCGGAUGGCCCUUCUUCUUCAAGCAAGAAGAUAUCUUACCAUCUGCGGAUGGUACUUAUAAUGUGUUAGUUCAUCACUCCGUUUACCAUAGGCAGCUGUUGAAACAUGUGAUGCCGCUUGACACUGUGUACAUCUCAAUACUGAGACAUCCACUGUCUCACCUAAGGUCUGUUUUCAACUGGUACGAGUACGACAAAGUCUUCCGUGGCUUGAAAGGGCCAGAUCAUGUUGCGUCGUUUCUUGAAGAUCCCAAGAAAUUUCAAAUUCCUUACUUUACAAAUUUUAGUGAUCCGAUGACAAGGACAAAAAAUUUCAUGGCGUAUGAGCUGGGGUUUCCAGUCGGACUUUUUGAUGACCAACCGUAUGUUGAUGAGUUUGUUGAUAAGAUAUCGCGAGAAUUUGAUUUGAUUCUGAUUCUAGAACAUAUCAACGAAUCCUUGAUACUGCUUAGGCGUUUGAUGUGUUGGACCCUAAAAGACGUGCUUUACGGUAAAGAUCCCAAACGCGUACGUAUAUAUCUAAAACCAACGACAAACAACGCGACUCUAGAAGUGAAGCACCGCCAAUGGAGCAAUGUUGACUAUCAGCUAUACGACUACUUCAACAAGACGCUCUGGAAGAAGAUUCUUGAAGAAGACGAUGGCUUUCAUCAAGAAGUGCGCCACUUCGAGCAGGUACUUCAAUCAACUACUACCUACUGUGAAAAUGCAAUCAUACCACUAGUCGGUGUCAAGAUUGUUAAAGGUGAUGGGAUAGCUGGUGGUCGUGAUGAAACAAUUACGAAGGAGGCAUGGGUAGUUAAUGGCACAGCUGGAAUCCUGACUGUUCCAAAAUCGACAUGGAACGAUGAGUUUGACGUAGAUCCGACUUUAUGUCUGAAACUAAAGAUGAUGCGCAAGGACUGGGACUAUGUCUUGAAGAGAAAACAUAAAUUGCCGGCAGAUGUAUCGGAGAGUGUGAAGUUGGCUAUCAAAAAAUUUGAACCUCAAACAAUUCUGGCUGAAACUCUUGAUUCAUUUAAUAUCAAAUGAAAACUUGAUGAACCCAAUUUAGGACGGGUUGGUGGGGAGGUUGGUCUUAGGCGAGACCUUUGUAACUCUUUAUCUCCCUACACAAUUGACCAUCAAAUCUUAAAGAGAAUUAUAUAAAAGUAAGAUAGAAAAGGCAGAAAGAAAACUUUGACGUCACUAUGACGUAAUAUGACGUCAUUUAUGUGAUUGAAUAGGCUUCAACGGUCCCGGAAAUCUUAGAUAUGUCUAAUUGUAUUUACUUUAUCUAAGUACUGGUAUGUAUUAAAUCAAAGGAUAUUCUACAUUAUUGCUGAAUACCUAUUUGAGCUGUUCAUCUCUUUUGAUUGAUUAAUAACAUCUCCAAAUAUUCCACUUACAUUAAUAAAGCAAUGUAUGUACAAUGAUCAACGAUAAGAAUUGAAACUGAGAAUUUCUGAAUAAAGCAUUUGGGGUCCGUUUGAACCCCACUCGGUCAUUUUACUCGCAAAAAAUGUUGGGUGCUUGAGGGUUAAUUUAGUAUUUCAGCGCAAACGUGGAAUAUCCUCAAUUUGCAUAUAUUAUGCUAAUCAAGACCUAUUAUCUAUGUUGGAUCAAGUGUAGUUUGAGAUAGAGCGUCGCAAAUAAGCAAACAAAUAAACAAUGUUAUAUGAGACAUUACCAAUGUUAUAUGAGACAACACACUACCUUUUCUGGAUGCAAAACUACGGGUAGAGAACGAUGGUCACAUCAACAUGUCAGUUUACCGCAAACCAACGCAUACAGAUCAAUAUCUCCAUUUUGAGUCUCACCACCCCCUGGAACAAAAACUCGGCGUCAUAAGAACUUUGUUCAACCGAGCAGAUACUAUUGUCACAUCUGUU